GUCGUAUGUGAGCGAACCAGGGUUAGGCUUCGAGGGCGGGAUGAACAAGCCAUUCUAGUUUCUCACGCAGGCGGUGUGGGCUCCCGGAUUACUGAUCUACGGCAGCUCCGACAACUGCCUCGUUCCGUUAGUCGACUGGAAGGUCCACGUUGCGGGGUACAUCUCGUGUAGCAGUGAGAAGGACGUCAGCUCUCGCCCCGACUUUCGAUGAUUCUUCGACGAGUCUCGAAGAUGGAACUCAGCGACCUACCGCCAGAGAUUAUUUUGAUAAUCCUGGACUAUUUGGAGACUACUGCAGCUUUGAAAGAUAUUUGCUUGGUAUCAAAGAAAUUCUGCGCCAUCGCCCAGCCGCUUCUUUACCACGAGAUUAUCCUAGGCCCUGAAGAUGUACUAUUAUCAAUCCUCCUUCUCUGCCGCACCGUUACUACUUGCCCUCACAUAGCAGCGCAUGUCCAACAACUUGAUAUUGAUACCGACAAUCCAGGCUUUCUACUGGCUGAGGGGGAAAAUAAUUCCAAUGCUGUCAACCAAGAUAAACUGCCAGUAGCAGAUAUUCACCUCCUCGAAAAGGAAGCCCAGAAUAUCAAUUUGAGUGACAUAGAUGCAUCUCGUUUUGGUACAGAAAUCGGAGACUCCGUCAUCUUUUCUAUGUUGAUAAUCUCACGCACUCAGAAUCUGAGGUCUUUGGUUAUCACUCUUGACCCCCAAGGCCUAUCCCUCUUGAUUGGCUUAGCCCAAGGUAGAAUGAAUGCGCAUACAUCGUUACCUUGCCGAAACAGCCUCGAAAGAUUGCACCUGCGCUGCCGGAAAGGCCGCUACAACGAUAGAAUGAAUAUGAAUAAUAUUGCCCGGCUCCUUUCUCUGCUGCCUCUGAGAGAGAUACAGAUCAGCGAAUACUGUUCUGGUGGGCAAGCUUCACCCAAAACAGACGAUGCAGAUGUUACUCCUCUCAGCUCCGUUUCUGCCUCAAGUCUUUCGCUCUGUGGCAGUUCCAUCGAGGAAACGGAUAUUGAUGCGCUGGUCGGGUUAUGCAAAAAUCUGACCGCCUUUUACUGUGGGCAGUGCGGUUCUCAUAAUCAUCAAUUAAGUCCUCAACGACUAUACUCACUGCUCUUUUGCCGACGGGAUAGCUUACGGGUUCUCCAACUGUCAUUUGGCGACCCGUUCGCCAAUCCCCCAAUUUUCAGAGAUUCCCAAUUCGGCGGCUCCCUUAAACAGUUCGUUGUCUUAGAGUACCUAAUACUCGAUCAAGUGUAUCUUAGCACUACACCUGAAUUUCCAUCCUCCUUGAAACACCUUGCGAUAAGGGAAUGCCGAUCACCAAUAGCGCAAUUAUUGGCCCAUAUAGCGGAAUGCGUGCUAAACGGCCAACUGCCGAAUCUGCAAUAUAUCUCUCUUCACAGCAAUAUUACCCAUCCAGGCAGAAUGAUCAACUUACCGCAGAGGGGUGCGACUGAUAUAUUAUUUAACAAGGCAUGUCAAAAUCUACAGAAUAUUCUCGAUGGAACGGAAAUAACACUGCAACUCGAAAAAAACUUGCUCGAUAAAACCGUCCAAGGGUACAGAGCUGCGUAUGAAUUUGGUCAGCCCGGUGUAUUUUGGCCAUUCAUUUUUUUGGAAUAAGAGAGGUAAAUUCCAUACGAUCCGAACUUCUGAUGCUGGCGUCACCUCUCUCCCUCAGCCAGACCGCGCUCUUUGUACGGCUAGUUGUGCGGGAGCAUGAUGAGCUGACUGUUUGGGUAAUUAAUGUUCCACUUUCGGGAGGAUCAUUGAGCGAAUAUGGCAAGCGCAACUGUCCUUUUCUUUGUUAAUUUAUGUUUUACGGAAUUCAGUAUAUCUUGGAAAAGGAGGGUCAAGAAGGGUUAGUGUUGUCGCUACUCGGAUGUCCUGUUGUAUGGAUGUCGAAGCUCGUAAAUUCCUGUUUUAUACGACGACUACUGUAAGAUAAGAAAGCAAAUUGCUUCGUUUACAGUAUUAAUCAACGCUGCCAAG